GUGUCUUCAACUAGAAAAGCUGUUGUUUUGUUUCGGUAAUUGACGGUGGCGUGUAAACUAGGUGGCGUUGCCAGCCAGCGUCGGCGGCAGCGGGCAGACGGCUGCUCGGUGGCGGGUUGGACCCCGGCUGUACCCGGGCGGCUCACUGCGAGGCUGGCGGUGCUCCCGCUGACUUCACUCACCUCCUCCACCUCCCGGAGAGGACCCAGGCCUCCCCGGGUCUGCAGCCGCCUGGUGCCCGCUGCCCCCCGGCCUCACGUGCCGGACACACCAGGGAGGGGGCGCUCAUAACGGGGCUCGUGUCCACGGGUGAUCGCAGUGUGUGAGUGUGGAGGUGCCAGCUCCCGACGGGAGACACUGCUCCCCCGGUAGAUGCCAAAAAUAAACCCGGAGACUGUGCGAGCUACACGGCCGGGCUGGAGCCCCACACCGAGGCCCUGCGCCCCUCCAGCCCGCCGGGCCGCAGCCUGUCCCCGGCACUUGCUCGGUGCUGAAGCCGGAGGAGUGAGGCUCCGGGCGGCUGCAGCUGCUGCCCACACCGGCACCAGAGGAGGGAGGGAGUGGCUGGGGAUUUAUAAGUUCAGAUGUCCUGCAGUUGGAGAGGGAACCAAACCGUGCAAUAAGCAGUGGUCGUAUAAAGAAGUUCGCAGAGUGGCCGUUCUGUCCGUGUCGGAGAUGAGGCACUUUGAAGAGACCAUGGCUCGUCUGGCGGCUGCAGACUUCUGUGACAUUCAGCUCUGCCCACAGUGCAAUACGAAUGUGGUGAGAAAGGACCUCUCCAACCUGUGUGUCCAGUGCACCAUAUGCACAGCUGAUAAGAAGACGACAUACCAAUUCUGCUGGCAGUGUCGGAGGAAGUGGAACGGUUGGGACCCUCGGUCGGACCGCUGCAACAACGACGGCUGUGCCAACAAGGACCUGCAGCUUCUGCAGACAUGUCCCACCAUCAGUCUGCCUGACGUGGAGGGUGCCACCAGCUGCCCGUCAGUCAGGGCCUGCCCGACAUGUGGCAUGAGGGUGCAGCACAACCAACAACACUGCAAAAACAUUCACUGCCCCCGAUGCCAAGUGCCAUUCUGCUUCCUCUGCCUGAAACUAAAGAGUGAAUGUAACCAGACCAGUUCACCGUACAAAAUCUGUGUGGGUGGUGUGGCCCCCAGACAGACCUCUAUCCCAGUGUGGCACAGGAAAUAAAAACAAUAUAAAAAGGUCUGUCUCUACCUAAAGUGGCACUCUCUUAAACGUUUAGGUGAUCUGUUAAAUGAAAUAAUCAUGAUGUGAUGUGUUUUACUUAAAGUGUUUGAUUUGUGGUUUCCUUCUCUACCCUACAAUGGGCCUUUACCUUUGUAUUUAAAUACUUUAUAUUUUUACAUCGGGAGCGGAUAAUGUGAUUAUAAAAGCAUUUAAACAGCAGUUUGUACAAUCAUCUUCAAAACACUGCAGCCUCUUAUUCCUUUGCUUUGUGAUAUUUUACCACAUCAUAAGAUAUAGAGAGAUCUACUAGUAUUAAGUGGUCAAAUUAAAUUUGUUAUUCAAAUGAA